AUGUCCGGGGGCUGGGGCCGGGACGUGAUCGAUUACGGGGGCGGGCCCGGGGUGUCCGGCGGCGGCGGCGGCGGGCGCGGGGGAGGCAGCGCCGGGGCCGACGGGCGCAUCUACGUGGGCAACCUGCCCCCCGACGUGCGCGAGAAGGACCUGGAGGAGCUCUUCUACAAGUACGGCCGCAUCCGCGACAUCGAGCUGAAGAGCAAGCGCGGCCUGGUGCCCUUCGCCUUCGUGCGCUUCGAGGACCCGCGAGAUGCAGAAGAUGCCAUUUAUGGAAGGAAUGGUUAUGAUUACGGCGAGUGUCGUCUGCGUGUUGAGUUUCCCAAACCUUCCAGAGGUCGGGGUGGAGGCUUUGGUGGGGGGCCUCGUGGGAGGAAUGGCCCUCCCUCACGACGAUCUGAAUUCCGAGUCCUUGUUUCAGGGCUUCCUCCAUCAGGCAGCUGGCAGGACCUGAAGGAUCAUAUGCGUGAAGCUGGUGAUGUAUGUUAUGCAGAUGUUCAGAAAGAUGGAAUGGGGGUGGUUGAGUUUCUUCGCAAAGAAGAUAUGGAAUACGCACUGCGUAAACUGGAUGACACCAAAUUCCGAUCUCAUGAGGGUGAAACAGCCUAUAUCAGAGUUUGUCCCGAAAGAAGCAUCAGCUACGGCUACUCGCGCUCCCGUUCUGGUUCAAGGAGUCGCGAUUCUCCUCCAUACCAAAGCAGGGGAUCACCGCGCUAUUCUUCGCCCUUUAGGCCAUUCUGAUCGCACCCAAUAGGGACUCGUGACAAUGUGAACUGAGCUUGUCAUUUCUGCUCAAAGAGUUUACAUUCCAAAAUGGAUGGAUAUAGUCUUUUCGUAGGAAACCUUUUGGUUUUGGUUUUUCUUUCUAUUCAAUAAAAUCUUUUUUUUUUUUUAUGACAACUGUUUUUACUAGGGAAGUUUGGUAAUGAAGUAUUAUGAACCAUUGCCACUUAAAAUGCGUUUUAUUUGAAAAAUGUAAGUUGUUUUUGUUUUCCUUCUCAGCGAAGGGACUCAUACAUGUGAAUAGUUUUGUCUGCUGGAUGGGCUUCAAAACAGCAGAGCGAGGACUGUUGGUGGUGUUUUGAAAUAUCUUCCAGUGUUUCUGUAACUCAUAAGUGGGUGGCUGUCUUUUUGCGCAGUCAGGGUAGAAAGUGAAGAUAAAACAGCUGACCCUGGUUUUAAAGUUACUUCCUUAUUGCGUUAAAGAAGCUUUUAAAAAGUUUUUGCUCUCUGCAGGUGUCAUGCUGGAAACAUCAAAGAGAUGUUUAAGCUGUUCUACUGUAACGCCAGUGCAAUUACUUUUACUGGUUGUUUUAAUAUGUAGUUUCACAAAUAGCAUCCGGAAAUUUUUUUAUCAAGCCUGGAAGGGUUGAGAGAGCAGGUUUAAUACAAUUUAAUGACUUAAAAGCAGAAGCUAAAAAUUUGGGAAAUGUACUGAGGAGGGAGUGUUCCGUGCUUCUCACUAAUUGCAAAAUAUGUCCAAUUUAAGCAUUUCUUGGAAGUUUUAUGGAAGUCCCAUCGUUAAUUUGAUCCAUAAAAUAAAAUGGAUUUCAGUGGUUUUGUGCUUAGUUAAUUUGUAAAAUGAGAUGUUUUAUUUGAAUUCCGUGUCCGUAACUGUCAACAUAUUAAGAGCUUAUAAGGAAAGAUUUGUUUUAGCCAGCUUGCUAGUUUAGGGGAAAUGCUGCCCAUCUAGGCUUUGAGAAUCAUAUUUUGAGAUUUUGCUCACAUGAAUGGCUGCAAAGAUCUAGUCCCAGGUCUUCUAUUGAAUUAAUACCUUACUGCAUCAUAUUAAUAGCUGCAGUCAUAUGAACAGUGGGAGAAUAAAUGGGAGAAUAAAACUAAUACCAUUUUGGUAUAAAAUGGAUUAAGCUGCUUGUGUUGUAUAUGCAAUACAAUUUAUGUACAAUAAUAAAAUAAUUAUGUAGCAACA